AGUAAGUUUCUUUGGCCAGGCGACUCUGCUGUCAGAUAUGAACAUUUGAGGGUGGGUGAUAUGUACUGUUUUUGUGCAGUGUCUGUUCGUGUUUGUAUACAUGAAGCAACAUAGCACAUUGCUGGAAACAAUAGGAACGAAUACUACGAAUGUGUACUUCGUUCAUGAAGAUUACUUCAAUGGUUGGCAGACAAAGGUCUACAGAAAUGUUGUUGCAUAUGCUUCCAUCUGGACAAACUGCUGACUGGCAAUGAGGAUAGAUCCGGAUCAGGAAGAUAGGUUUAUGGAUGGAUGAGGCACACAUGACAAAGAACUUGGAACACACAUGGAUACAACUUGACCAGGUUCGCAAUGAUAGCGGUACUUAGAGCGUUGUUCCUCAUGGGAAUUACAACCAUCUUGCGGGUGAGAGGUUCAACUUGCAUCUGGGGGAACAAUUCCGGUUCCUGUUUCAACAGCAAUCUUUUGGAGGUACCCAAGAAUGUGUCAUCUACCAUUCAGUACCUUGAGUUGAACUACAACAACAUUGCAUCGCUGACUGCAACAAGCUUCGUUAAUCUUCAGAACCUCAUCAAACUCUCCGUUGCUUCAUGUGGUGUCAUAAAUAUAGAUCAAGAUGUAUUCGAAACAAUGUCAUCAUUGGAAGAACUUAAUCUUUCAGGUAAUCUGAUCAAGAGCAUAGUACCAGGAGCUUUUCAUGGGCUGGAGAAACUCAAAACAUUUUACCUCUCUUCCAAUCAGAUUUCCUCUGUCCAUCCCGACACAUUUUCAUAUCUGAAGACAUUAGAGGAAUUGGAUCUGAGUGAAAAUUCUAUAGAAAAAAUCAAUUCUGCAAGUUUCCAAGACCUUCACUCAUUGCAAAUCCUUGAUCUAAGACAUAAUAAAAUAGAAAGGAUUAGCUCGGAUGACUUCCAUUAUCUAUCUCAGUUACAGUUCUUACAGUUAAGUUAUAAUGCCAUCAGUGAAAUAGAGUUGGAUUCUUUUAGUUCUCUCACAUAUCUGAGGGUGAUGGAUCUUUCAUGGAAUAAAUUGGAUUAUCUUAGUGCUGGCAUGUUUGAAGGUUUGCAGAGUUUGACUGUUUUGCGAUUAAACAACAAUGGAAUAACUACAGUCCCUGCAGACUUAUUUCACGAACUGUCAUCUCUUGUGGAUCUGGACCUCAAUAACAACUUCAUACAGACUCUUAUUCCAGGAACGUUCAGGAAACUCAGGAAACUGGUAGUGUUGGAACUAUCUGAAAACAAACUGUUAUCCCUCCAGAGUGGAACAUUUGAGGGGCUGGUGAAAUUAAACUUCCUGAAUCUGGCGCAUAAUGAUAUAUCUGCUUUAGAUCAAGGCGUUUUCCAAGGUCUUCAAGGACACACGAGCACCCAUUCCAAUGGUCUGAAGAUUAAUGUAGAAGGAAAUAAAAUAGAACAUAUUCCGCUAGACACUUUUAAAGACAUCAAGUAUAUAAACACAGUUAACUUUGCUAACAACAGUAUAAGAGCCAUUGAUCAGGGUGCAUUUAAUGGUUUAGAAAGACUGCGACGGCUUUAUUUGGAUAAUAAUAACAUAGAAAUACUAGCAGCUAAUGCAUUCAGGCACCUGUCAAAUCUGGACUUGCUGAGUAUCAGUGGCUCAAAUAUUCACAAAGUAGAAGACAGGGCUUUCAAUGGUCUCAUCUUCUUGUCACAGCUCGUUUUAGAAGAGAACACAAUUGUUAAUAUUACUUCCGAAACGUUUAAAGACUUGGCGAAUUUGCAGACCCUGCUUCUUGGUCAUAAUUCCCUCACAACUGUAGAGCCUGGCACAUUUAAACACAUUGAGAACUUACAUGUGCUUGAUUUACAAGACAAUAGUAUUGAGAAAAUUCACAAGGGCAUGUACGAAGGCUUACAAAGACUUUCUUCAGUAUCUCUUGCUAAUAAUUCAAUCCAUGUGUUAGAUCCGGGAGCGUUUAUGGGGCUUCCUAAGCUUGAAGAAAUAGUGUUGGAUAAUAAUAAAAUAGAAUCUUUUGGUGGCACUCUAUUUGAUGACAACAUGGAGUUGCUUUAUAUUUCUCUUGCCAAUAAUUCGAUACAAACAUUGGAUUCAGGUGCCUUCAGGAACUUACAGAAUUUGGUAGUACUUCGUUUUGAAGGAAAUUUAUUGGAAACUGUAGAACCUGAUAUUUUCGAAGGGUUGUCCAGUCUAUGGAUAUUGGACUUGAGUCAUAAUAAGAUCAAAACUCUUAAACAUGGUUCUUUCCAUGGGCUGAAAGAUAUAGAAAUUAUAAACCUUAAUUAUAACUGCUUAGAGCAGCUGGAAGAAGAUGUGUUUAAUGGAAGUUACAAAUUAAGCAGUUUAUAUCUGCAGAACAACUCAGUAAAUUUCAUACAUCCAGAGGCUUUCAGAAGUAUUCCAGACGUGCGCACGUUGGAUUUAGGCUCCAAUAAUAUUGAGAAUAUUCAUGUGAAUACAUUCAAGGACUUCAGAUUGCUGAGACGCCUUUAUUUAAAAAAUAAUCAAUUGACAUACAUUAAUAAAGACCUGUUGACAAAUUUAUCAGAUCUGGUGACACUUUCUCUAGGUAAUAAUAAUGUCACAAUCUUAGAAGCAGAUGUAUUCCAGAAUAUGAGAGACUUGGAAAUGCUUGACUUGUCUUCGAAUUCAAUAUUGCAAUUACAACCAGAACUGUUUGCUGAUCUAGAAAAUCUGGAAGAUUUAGACAUAUCCAAUUGUAAACUAACAUAUUUGCCUCGAAGUACUUUCAGUUCGAAUCCAAAGCUUGAGAAGCUGAAUCUAGCAAGAAACAGCCUUCAUUCGCUGGACCUGGAUGUUGUUCAGCCACUGGACAAGCUCUCCCAGCUCAUGCUACAUGGGAACCCUCUUGAGUGUGACUGCAAGCUUCAACCUUUGUGGUACUGGAGCAGGGAGAAGAGCGUGAUGACUGCCUUGGAAUCUGAAGGUGAACCCAAAUGUAAGGGACCAGAAGAGUCAGAAUGGGCAAUGUUGGAAGGUAUUUCAUGUUCUAAAGAGAGUGAUCUUUCUAAUAGAGAAAGAUUUGUGAUAUUGGUGGGCUCAGUGCUUAAUGUGGUUGAAGUGGUUAUAUUAUUGUCUGUUUUCUUGUUAAUCCCGUAGGAAGCUUUGAGCUUGUAUCACAAGGAAAUUUUAUACUCAGUUAAAAAAUAAUAAAAUAAACAAGUUUGUUUAAUAGCGAUAACAUUUCCCAAAUGAGUUAUGAAUACAUGUUCCAAUGAUGCUAUAUGUAGAACUUUUGCAUUAAAGAGUGUUAUCUGCUUAUUCUGAAUCCACAAAUAUACAUUUAUUAACACUCUAUAAACUAAAUUGAGAGUUUACGAAGUUAUUUUAGUUCAACAGCUAUUUUGUAGUAUAGGCUUAUUUGUUUAUAGCUGAGGAAGAAAUUUGAAUACCUAGAAAAUAGUUCAUUGACUACUAAAAUACUCAUUGAAAUUUCAAAGGUAAAACUUAACACAUCCCAUCUACAUGUAGGUACGAUGCAUCCAGUAAACCCAUCUAUUGAUCCACUUCUGUACAUAUACAAGAAAAGUUGGCUAUGAUGGCCACAACUAACUUAAAUACAUGACCAAAUUACAGAAAGUGGUCUCACAAUUUCCAAGUCUUAGACGUGUUGGAGUUUUUUUUUAUUUUAAUUUGAGAGAGAGAAUGGUAUUGUAGCACAUUUUUAAGAAAUAAUUUAUGGUUAUAAAGACUGCACUGAGGUUGCGCAGAAUUGCUUUUGGUGCUGCACUUCUGAUAUAUAUUAACUAACUUCAGAAUCCAUAAUAUCAACAAGGUUCUUUCGUGAAUAAAUCAUUUAUACAAUAAAAAGAGUAAGGUCUUCUGUGUUGUAACAUGUAUAGUUCAGAGAGAGCCCAACGUUUCAGAUGAACACUUUGCCUCCAUCUUCAAGGUCAAAUUGUAAGCCAAGUAAAAACCAUGAGAGGUAGGUGGUGAACUGCUUGGCUUGCAUGGCCCUUUCUUUGAUGAUGUGCUCCCACUCGGGAUGCUUUCCGGCCUCCACUUUCUGUAAAAUUGACCUGAUAUCAUCAUAUAGUUUUUCCCUCUUCAGAAUGCCAUGAUCUCAGACAUCCCCAGCAGAAGUAACUUGUAUCAUCAGCUUGACUGUCAUCCGAUUAUCUGGCAAUUAGCGCAGGGCUCCAUGCAGGGUCUUCUAGAGAAUUCCUCUGCAUUGGGAUACUUCCGCUGAUGACAAUGUUAAGCCCACUGACAUGUUCCUCUCAUUGAGCUUGAUAGGACUUAUUGGUCACAUACUGUCCUUAUUGGCAAGCAGCCUUCCAAGUUGAUUUUACUAGGCACUUCAUCACCUGUAUGAACCCUUCAGCUGUGCAUAACAAAUCUUUCACACUGAGCUGCUAUCACCUCAUCUCUAGCCAACAUAAGGAGGAAUGAUCGUGGGCGUGCUCCAAGACGCCAUAACGACCCCUCUUCUUGGCCCAGUCGUUGCACGUGAUACUUCAAAUCCACCACCUUGUCUUAAACUCACAGAACAUCCAGCUCCAGGUUGAACUCAUCUGUGAUUUUACCAUUUAACUGCUGAUAUAGGCAUGUCACACUUCAGGAAUCUUCUAAUUAGUGCAGUAGUGACCAUAGCACUCUGCAUGAACAAAGCGGUUUCUGGAAUUAUCUGUAAAGG